AUGGAAUUUGAGAAAAAGCCAAGCCUAUUAACUAAAGAAGAGAGAGAGGAGUUACUCCAGCUAUUAUUCUCUAAUCAAUGGUCAUUAGUAAAAGACAGAGAUGCUAUUUACAAAGAAUUUUUAUUCUCUGACUUUAUUCAAGCAUUUGGGUUCAUGACUCAAGUAGCAUUAAAAAGUGAAAAAAUGAAUCAUCAUCCUGAAUGGUUUAAUGUGUACAAUAAAGUAGAAGUUACAUUAUCCACACAUGACGUAAGUGGUUUGUCGUCAAACGAUGUUAAACUUGCCACAUUUUUGGACAAAACAGAAAAAACCAUUAAAGUAUCUUUAUAAUUUAUGGAUGUAAUUUCUAAAUAAAUAAAUUUUUAGAAG